CAAUCAAUCGCCUUUCCACACAUGAUCCAUCGUGCUUUCGAUCACCCCCUCUUCCUCCUCCUUUCAUUUGCCAGUGGCUGCUCUGCUCAGCCUGAAAGAAAGAACCCAAGAAAGGUUGCCAUCGGACACCUUCCUCUGAAAGAACUCCGUUCAGGUUCACCACUUCAGCUGAAGCUUCAUACCAUACCCCCCACGCUCUCUCAAGAAAGCCGCAGGCGCGCUGCAGGGUUUAGCUCAGCUAGCUCAGCUUGGUAGACCAUUGGAUUUCUGUCGACGCCGCUCGUAUACCUUCCUUGUCGCCGGGUUCACCGCCGACGUGGCCGCGGCGGCCGCUUUGCUUCCUGGCGAGGCUUGCCACGAUCCUCCUGCAGCCGCAGCAGGGCCGUCACGGCCAUUGGCCAGACGCUUGCCUGCCCCCCCAAAAAGUUGCUCUGCUCGCUGCUGCUGCUGCUGCUGCUGCUGCUGCUAGCCCCCCCUGCAUGACAUCAAAGCCUCUGCUCUUCUGCUUCUGCAUGACAACUUAACACAUGCCGUUUGCAGAUGAAGCAGCUUGUUGCAUUAGUUGCAGGAUUCUAGAUAUCAUAUAAGUGCCUCGCGCGCCAUUGUUACCGAGCCAUAGUGCUACAAACCAGCUUCUCAACUUCACACGCUUGAACAGUUCGGAGCACGCACGUACGUCAGUGCAAAGUCGGGGCUCGCAAUGGCCCAAGCUGGGCACCGCGGUGAUCCGCACCACGAGGACUUCCAGCUCAAGGACACCAACCCACUGCUGGGCGAGCAAUGGCCCAAGGGCGCGGCGGGUCCGGCGCGCCCCUCUGGCGGCGGCGGCGGCGGGCUCGCCGGCUGGCUGGGCGUGGACAAGCCGUCGAGCACGUACGACCUCGUGGAGCAGAUGUUCUUCCUCUACGUGCGCGUCGUCAAGGCCAAGGACCUUCCUCCCAACCCCAUCACCGGCGCGGCCAUGGACCCCUACGUCGAGGUCCGCCUCGGCAACUACAAGGGCAAGACGCGGCACUUCGACCGCCGCGCCAACCCGGAGUGGGACCAGGUGUUCGCCUUCUCCAAGUCCCGCGUCCAGUCCAACGUCCUCGAGGUCUUCCUCAAGGACCGCGAGAUGCUUGCCCGCGACGACUACGUCGGUAAGGUCACCUUCGACCUCGCCGAGGUGCCCACGCGGGUGCCGCCCGACAGCCCGCUGGCGCCGCAGUGGUACCGCCUCGAGGAGCGGCGCGGCGAGGGGGGAAAGGUGCGCGGGGAGCUCAUGCUUGCCGUCUGGAUCGGGACGCAGGCCGACGAGGCGUUCCCGGAGGCGUGGCACUCGGACGCCGCGGUGGUGCGCGGCGAGGGCGUCGCCAGCGUGCGGUCCAAGGCCUAUGUGUCGCCCAAGCUCUGGUACCUCCGCGUCAAUGUCAUCGAGGCGCAGGACGUGCAGCCGCAGGAGCGCGGCCGCGCGCCGGAGGUGUUCCUGAAGGCGCAGGUGGGCAACCAGAUCCUCAAGACGUCGGUGUCGCCGGCGCCCACGCUGAACCCGCGGUGGAACGAGGACCUCGUCUUCGUCGUCGCCGAGCCGUUCGAGGAGCAGCUGGUGCUGACGGUGGAGGACCGGGUGUCCCCGCGCAAGGACGACCUGCUGGGCCGCGUCGUGCUGCCGCUCACGCUCUUCGAGAAGCGGCUGGACCACCGGCCCUUCGUGCAGUCCCGGUGGUUCGACCUCGAGAAGUUCGGCGUGGGCGCCGCCAUCGAGGGCGAGACGCGGCGGGAGCUCCGGUUCGCCAGCCGCGUCCACGUGCGCGCCUGCCUCGAGGGCGCCUACCACGUCAUGGACGAGUCCACCAUGUACAUCAGCGACACCCGCCCCACGGCGCGGCAGCUGUGGAAGCCGCCCGUCGGCGUGCUCGAGGUCGGCAUCCUCGGCGCCGCCGGGCUGCAGCCCAUGAAGACCCGCGACGGACGCGGCACCACCGACGCGUACUGCGUCGCCAAGUACGGCCAGAAGUGGGUGCGCACGCGCACCAUGAUCGGCACCUUCGCCCCCACCUGGAACGAGCAGUACACCUGGGAGGUGUUCGACCCCUGCACCGUCAUCACCAUCGCCGUCUUCGACAACUGCCACCUCGGCGUCAACAACGGCGGCAACAACGGCCAGCCGGCGGCGGCGAGGGACGCCCGCAUCGGCAAGAUCCGCAUCCGGCUGUCGACGCUGGAGACCGACCGCGUGUACACGCACGCGUACCCGCUGAUCGCGCUGCAGCGGUCGGGCGUGAAGAAGAUGGGGGAGCUCCGGCUCGCCGUGCGCUUCACCUGCCUGUCGCUCGUCAACAUGGUGCACCUGUACACGCAGCCGCUGCUCCCCAGGAUGCACUACCUGCACCCGUUCACGGUGACGCAGCUGGACGCGCUCCGGUACCAGGCCAUGGGCAUCGUGGCGGCGAGGCUGGGGCGCGCGGAGCCGCCGCUGCACAGGGAAGUGGUGGAGUACAUGCUGGACGUGGAGUCGCACAUGUGGAGCAUGCGGCGGAGCAAGGCCAACUUCUUCCGCGCCGUGUCGCUCUUCUCGGGCUUCGCCGCCGGCGCGCGGUGGUUCGGCGACGUGUGCCACUGGAAGAACGUGGCGACGACGGCGCUGGUGCACGUGCUGCUGCUCAUCCUGGUGUGGUACCCGGAGCUGAUCCUCCCCACCGUCUUCCUCUACAUGUUCCUCAUCGGGCUGUGGAACUACCGCCGCCGGCCGCGCCACCCGCCGCACAUGGACACCAAGAUGUCGUGGGCGGAGGCGGUGCACCCGGACGAGCUGGACGAGGAGUUCGACACGUUCCCGACGUCGCGGCCGCAGGACGUGGUGUACAUGCGGUACGACCGCCUGCGGAGCGUCGCCGGGAGGAUACAGACGGUGGUCGGCGACAUGGCCACGCAGGGGGAGCGACUGCAGUCGCUGCUCAGCUGGCGGGACCCGAGGGCGACGUGCCUCUUCGUCAUCUUCUGCCUCCUCGCGGCGGUGGUGCUCUACGUCACGCCGUUCCGCAUCGUCGCGCUCGUCGCGGGGCUCUACGUGCUGCGCCACCCCAGGUUCCGGAGCAGGCUGCCCUCCGUGCCCAGCAACUUCUUCCGCCGACUGCCGUCGCGCGCCGACAGCAUGCUCUGAAGCAUGAAUGCAUUAUGCAUCGUCUGGUCACCCGAGAAUGCUACAGAUUCAGAAAACGCUCUGUUCUUCGGUUGAGAAUGUUUGAUUCGUUUUCCGCUUUAUUAUUUUAUUAUCUUUGCAUUGAGUGUGAAAGCUGCUUUUUGGGUGUCUUGAGAUUUGAUAAAGUUCCAGUGUAACUAUAUCUCGAGAAUAAGGAUGAAAUAUGAAUGGAGAAGCGCAUUUUUUGAACC